AUGUCGCAGCCAGCUCACCCGCAGACACCCACCAAGGCGGCCGUGAGUGUCGACGCACCCCCGGAGAGCGUCGCUCAAGAUGGGACGCCCAGAUCGAAAAGGACAAUCAUCCAGACGAUAUAUCAUUGCCUGACAUAUGUGCCACCAAGUUGUCGCUAUGACCCUGACAAGCCGUUUGAGUUCUCAAUGGGCUUAAACGUGCUAUUCGCAUUCGCCGGCUGCUUCACUGUGGCAAAUCUCUACUAUACCCACCCAAUUCUCAACCUCCUUGCGGACGACUUCCACGUCACGGACGAGCAAUCGUCCUAUAUUCCCACGCUUGCGCAGGCCGGGUACGCAGGCGGGCUGCUGUUUCUCUGUCCCCUGGGAGACUUGCUCAAAAGGAGACCAUUUGUGCUGUGGCUGGUCUGGUUCACGGCCACAUUAUGGAUCGGGCUCUGCGUGACCAAGUCCUUCGCUGUGUUCGGUGUGAUCACGUUCAUUACGAGCGUCACAACUGUCACGCCCCAGUUGAUGCUGCCACUCGUUGGCGACAUGGCACCACCGCAUCGUCGAUCGACCUCCCUCUCGAUCGUCGUCUCAGGUAUGCUACUUGGCAUGCUAAUUGCUCGUCUUCUGUCCGGAGUGGUUGCCCGAUUCAUUGGAUGGCGCUAUAUCUACUGGAUCUCGUUUGGAUUGCAAUACUUCAUUCUGGUUUUGCUGUAUUUGUUCAUGCCAGAUUACCCGGCAACCAAUCCAGGUGAGAAAAUCUGGAGGAGGUAUCCAGGGCUCCUGUGGGACAUCUUGAAGCUGGUGGCCAAAUAUCCGGUACUGGUACAGGCCAUGCUUAUUGGCCUGCUCACUUCUACGUCCUUUACGAGCUACUGGACGACGCUCACAUUCCUCCUGGCCGGGCCGCCGUACCACUACAGCUCCUUGGUCAUCGGGUUGUUUGCCCUGAUCGGCAUAGGCUCGAUGAGCUGGGGCCCGAUCUUCGCAAGGACCGUCAUGGAGAAACACCAGCCUCUCUUCUCGGUCAUCAUCGGCGAGUUGAUCUGCCUCACAGGCGUGAUCAUCGGCACCUUCACUGGCAAACAUACAGUUGCCGGUCCAGUCAUCGAAGCCGUUUGCAUCGAUAUCGGUAUACAGACAAGUCAGAUCGCGAACCGGACCGCCAUUUACGCCGUCGCGCCAAAGGCCCGCAAUCGAGUCAACACGGCAUACAUGGUCAGUGUGUUUUGUGGGCAAUUGAUCGGCACCGCCGUGGGCAAUGCGAUCUACGCGGAUGGCGGCUGGGUCGCCGCUGGCUCUGCUAGCGUUGGUUUCGUCGCUGCGGCGCUGGUCGUUUGCUUCCUCAGGGGUCCGCACGAGCGAGGCUGGAUCGGCUGGCAUGGCGGGUAUAACAUGCGCAAAGGAGUGCCCGAGGCCCCGAAGAACAACCCAACGGGUCAAGAGGCUGUCCAGGUACAGGAACGUCCAACGCCUUUCGGCCAGGAAAAUCCUGUAGGGCCCGCAGGAGAAGGACAGGCGCAGCAGUUCGAAGCGAAUACAGGUACUCCGAUCGAAAAGGACGGUAUCGAUCACAGCUCGCGCUCGUCGCAGCGAACCCUUGGCGAAGAGGUCCAGGAACACAGGGAGAAGGAGACAGAAUAG